CUCACUCACACACACACACACACGCCCGCGCGCUGUCACACACAUUUAUCUCCCUUUUCUGCGCGUGAAGCGGGAUCUCCUGCGCAAAACGCGCUUCCCAUGCCAGCUAUGCAAACACCUCCAAGCCAGUGAGAGAAGGAGAUUUUCAUCAGAACGGUCACCUGCAUGAUGGACUGACCCCUGUUCUUUUGGUCGUGUAUAUCCCCUUUCCACUGUGGUGCGUGUGCGACUGAGUGUGUGAGUGACGUGUGCUCCAUGGUGACCCAUGGGCCGCUCUCCCAUCAGCCUGUCCACACUGAAGCUGGGGAGGUUAAAGGUUAUCCGUAGGCAGCUGCUUCAGCGCUACGAGCACCAGCCCUUCGUCUCCUGUCUGGCUGGACUCUAUGGCUGCCAAUGGAGGCGCUAUCAGAGGGCCAGAGCCCAACCUGGGGAGUGCUGCUGUAGUAGGUUGGAGUGUGCUAGUUUUAUCCUCCUCAUCAUCACCUUUUUCCUGACACUGGUGUUCCUGUAUUUCUGGAGCGAGGCUCAGAAUGACUACGAUGACUUUGAUUGGUUUAACUUUGGGAAUAUGGGCUUCUGGUUCCCCUGGUCAGUGGUGCUGCUGGUGGUGGCUGCGGCACUUUUCACCUACAUCGCCCUCCUGCUGGUCUUAGCAGUGUGUCUUCUCUCUGAGGGACAGAGACUUUAUCUGCACUGGAGCCACAAAAUUGGUAUCCUGGUGACCCUGGCCUUCUCCGUCAGUGCCACAGCUGUGCUCUCGGAUCUGUGGAGCAAAGAGUGGCAGACCCUCCUCCUGUCCUUUCAGGUCACAGCACCUUUUCUGCAUGUGGGUGGAGUCUCACUCAUGGCUCUCCUGUCCUGGCCAAUAGCCUUACACUUCUUUCGAAUGAAUAAGAAAGUGAGGCAGGUGGCCAUCAUGGGCUCGUACCUAGCUGUUCUCUUUGCCUUGUACCUGGUUCCUCUGGGCAUGUAUUCCCCCUGCAUUAAAGAGGAGGGCACGCUGGGCCCAGCACCCAUCCUCAUCGGGCACAGAGGCGCUCCCAUGCUCGCACCAGAGAACACACAGCUGUCCUUCCAGAAAGCUGUGGAGGCUGGAGGAGAGGGACUAGAGACUGAUGUCACUAUUAGCUACGACGGCGUCCCCUUCCUCAUGCACGACAGCACACUGAGGAGAACCACCGAUGUACGCAAAGUGUUUCCAAACCGGACAAACACUCCAGCUGCCAUGUUCACCUGGGCCGAGCUGGAGAUGCUCAAUGCUGGAGACUGGUUCCUGAAGAGGGAUCCGUUUGGAACAGCCUCAUCUUUGGACCCAGAUGCUCGAGCCCAGGUGGAGAACCAGACUGUGCCCACACUGAAAGAGUUUUUGGACUUAGCUGCACAGCACAGGAGUUUGGUGAUCUUUGACCUCCGUCGGCCACCUCCAGGUCACCCGUACCGGAACACAUGGAUCACUCGAACUCUGGAGGUCAUCCAUAACGAAUCCUUCAUCAACUCUAGCCAGGUACUGUGGCUUCCAGCAGAUCAGAGGGACCUGGUGCAGGAGCUUGACCCGGAGCUGCAGCAGACUUCCGGGAGCCGAGCGUCCAUCGAGGAGCUGCAGGAGAACAACAUCGUACGCCUCAACCUGCACUACAGCUCUAUGUCCCAGGAACAGAUCAGUAAAUAUGCCUCCGUGAACAUCAGCACUAACCUGUAUGUGAUCAGUCAGCCGUGGUUGUUCUCUCUGGCCUGGUGUGCUGGAGCUCAUUCAGUCACCACCAACGCACCGCACCUCCUCAAGAUCCUCCACAAGCCAAUCUUCCUCAUGACCCCACACGAGUACAGUCUGAUGUGGAUUCUAACAGACAUCGUGUCUGCCAUCCUCAUCACAGCUGUUUUCAUAUUCCACUGGUGGCGAGAACGAGGCUUGCCGUUCUGGUCAGACAGCAAGCAAGUGCACGAGAAUGGAGUGUACAGCAAAUUUAGGACAGAUUCCCCUGAAGUUCACUGUAUUCGCUGGAACCCUCUCUUCUCUGAAGAUUCACCGUGGAGCGUGUUCUCAGUGGCUCAGGAACUUGCCCCUCCCUUGCAUGCUCCCUUGUAAUGGUGUGACCCUCUCCUGUCCUCUGAAUAACCCCACUUUGGUUUUUCUCUCCACCCUCCUUCACGCGUCCUGGGCAGAAAUGAGUGACGUCUGGUCCAUCUCCAGCCUCAGUGUACGAGGGGAGGGACGGAGCGGGCCAACCACACCACACCUGCCCACCAUCACGGAAGAGCCGCAGGUCUGAGAGAAACGAGCCACGAAAGAAAAGACUGUUUCUGCGUUCCGACUCCAUAAAGCCAUCCGUCCUUCCUCCCAUCCAUCACUGAAGCCUGUGAGCUAUUAUUGCCAGAACAUUUUCUUUUGAGAUUCAGACUGAGAUUUGAACCACUACUUCAUAGAGAACCAGCCGCGUACGAAGCAACCAGCAUCUUCUCACUAAAACACGACCAAAAAGCGCCAGCAUUCAUGAAAUAUUUACCAUAUACUCCUUUUUUUUUUAAUUAUUAUUAUUAUUUCUGAAGUUUAUGAUCAGUGCCAUUAUGAACUCCUCUGGAAACUCUUCAUAUUUGAGAAGAAAAGCUCUCUUAGUCUUCAUCCAGUCAUCAGCAGAUGGAAAAGAAAAACUUACUGCACUUUGUGUGAUAUAUGGAUAAACGUAAAAGCAUAUAGGUAUAAAACGUUUUUGCUACAUUAGAAGUGUAAUGCUAAUGUAUUAUAGCUUUACGAUGAAUGUAUCUUCAAUUAUCAAGCUGAAUAUGAGCAUGACUGCAAAAACACACCACUGAGCUUCUGUUGCUUCUGCAGCAAUAUCCAAGUGGCCAUAAAUAAAAUUACGAACCAAUAUCUGUAUUUAAUCAACGUUCAGUAGUCCGAACCUAGUGACUGUCAGUCAGGCAACACUGGAGUGGCAGAUUAAACCUUCCAGACUUUUCUAAAGCAUUCAGAGACAAUCUGCACUAACAGUUACAGACUCUGGCUGUAUUCACAAGGAUAUUUUGGUAAGACACACAAAUACAAGCCUCUGUAAUGUCGUAAACAAUGUUUGUAGGUGGUUUUGUUCCUCGGUAGAAACUCCUUCAAACAUAGAGGCUUAAAAAUGUAAAUUCCCCUGCAUACCAUAUCCAUAAAAGCUUGCUUAACCUUUUCACCAUUACCCUGUUCCAUAUUGACUUAGCAGAUACUUUAAUCAGUAUAAAGAAAUGAAUUAUUUUAAGUCUGAUAUAAAACUAGACAGGAAUCUGUUGGCUUUCAGUGUGAGGUUUCUCUGUGGCUAGCUAAAACAUUAUGAAAUAUUAUGGAAAUUCUUCAAGCCUUGAGUAUUUACUUUCUUCUGAGCCAUUAAGCACAGAAGUGGAGUGUGACACCAGAAAGAAAUUCAAUGCUGAACAUGGGCACAUCAAAACAGGCAGAAAUUUCAUUGGUAAAAAGAGUUCAAAGCUUUACAGCAUCUAUGGAAAUUUCUAGAGUCUUGGACAGAUGGUCAUCAUUUAGUAGUGUAUUGGAACAAUAUCAGAAUACCACUUUCCUUAAUUUUCCCUACUCCAAAAAGUUUAUACUUUGAGGUGAAAGUGCUUGGUUAUACCAGGGGUUGUUAAAGGAGGGUAUAUAUUUUUUGCUGGCAUGCUGGUUUGGCUCCAUUUGUCUGCUUGGAGCGAAGAGUCACUGCUAAUCGAUACCGACUCAUCCUGACUGAUCACCUUUAUCCUAUGAUAAAACUUAAUGGGAGUGGUCUCUUUCAGGAUGACUCCGCCCCCAUCAACAGGACACAAGGGCUCACUGAAUCAUUAGACCAGUAUGAAAUGAUUAAUGUUGUGUAUCGCCGUCGUUCUCAAAACUUUCAGUUCAGGUUUGAAAACUGGCCAGUUGAAGAUUAGGAAAAAGAUCAGGAGACAUUUAUUCAGUGUACAACAGUCUAUUUUCAGUGAGUCUGUGCCCAAUGUCGCCUCGGAUUCCCUGCCUCUGGCUGGCAGAAGGGGGAUCUAAUGUGUUUUUUUGCUGUUGUAGCCCAUUGACAUGCUUUUCAGCUCACCACGAUUGUAAAGAGUGGUUAUUUGAGUUACUGCAGCCUUCUUGUCAGCUCUUUACUUGCCUGCUUGUCUAGCGCAUAAAUUUCUCAUUUGUCCACACCGAAUUUAUAGACCUUUAAAUAUACCAAAAAAAUUAUUUACUUUUUCCUGCCUGAAAAUUUCUUAGAAAAACAUUAAGUUUCUUAAAUGAUUGACAUUUACUGAUUUUUCUUUAAAGUCAAUUUCUAGUGAGCCAGUAAACAAAUCUCACACGACAUAACACCCGGAUAUACAUUAUUUAUUAAAUGCAUACAAUAUAAUUACAAAUAUAAUAGCCAACAAGGAACAAUGUGCAGAUCGGGCUCUGCCAUUCAGGACGAUACUCGACGACUCGAGUCACUCAUUGUGCAAGGAGGCUGUGAUGUUACACACAUAAUACAAAGUCAUCUCGCAUGCUUCAUUUAAAAUUGCAGUUAAAUUAUAUGCUUUUGUUCCCACAGAGCUGCUGCCCUCCGUUGUUUUUUCUUUGUACGCGGAGAUUGUUGUGUGUGGGGAAAAUCGAAGGCGAUCAGCAGUUUGGUGCUUGUUGUGUAACAUAUUCUUAGCAAAAAGUCCUUGUGAAUGCAGCCUCAUACAAGACAAUCUGUAUUUACAGGAGCAUUUAGAGAAAGAUGAAUACAUUCUGUCUUGCAGACUGUGCGAUUAUGGGAUGCUAGUGAUCCGGAGGUCCGAAACAAAACAAACCACUGCAAAUCAUCGCGUAAU